CUGGUGCUUUGACGGCAAAAAGUUUAUGGUUUCGCCAUUUAGCUUGUCUUUGUUCCAUCACUUUAUUUAAUGUAUCGGUAAGUCAGUAUUACACGUGCUCCUGGGGACUCUCUCCCUUUCGGUCCUUCCCUCACCCCUCGACCCUCCUUAUUUAAAUGUCAUAUUUUUUUUUUCACUCAAUUACACUCUCUGACACUAUUACCCUUGUUUUGUUGGCAUCUUCGCUUACCAUCUCUUUCCUUUUCUCUCUCUUUUUCUUGGCAGGAAAAAUAAGUGACUUGGGAGAAAAUGCCCGUAUCUUUGAUAUGAAAAGAGAGCACUAACAAUAUCAAGAAAAAGAUUUGUUGCUUGGAGAAUCUCAACAUGAUGGAAGGAAUCAAAGGAGGAGGAAGAGUUGGUGUUGGUGAAUCAGAAGAUAUGGGAGAUGGUAUGCAGUGCAGUGAUCAUCCUUAUAGGAACAACCCUGGUGGGAUCUGUGCAUUUUGUCUUCAGGAAAAGCUAGGGAAGUUGGUUUCUUCUUCUUUUCCUUUACCUAUUCGUGGGUCAUCUUCUUCCUCUUCGUCUCCUUCUUUUAGAUCUGAUACUGGUGUUGUUGCUGCUAGUGUUGGCAAUGGUGUUGUUGGUACUUCUUCUACUUCUUCUGUGUCUGUUCGUCCCACGUCAAACAAAAGUCGGAAUGAUAGUGGCAAUAAUAAUAGUCAUUAUCAAGAAUAUUAUACAAGGCGGGCCAGGAUCCCAUUCCUUUUGGCAAAGAAGAAGAAGAAGAAGAAGAUCCUGGUUGCAUCAUCAGAUCAUCAUCAUGCUGCUGCUGCUGAUAUUGUUUUUAAGAGAAGCAAAUCGACUACAACUCCUAGGAGAGGCCGGUUCUUGGAUGGGUCUGUUGAAGAUGGUGAGGACUUUGGCCCCAGAAAGAGAGGUGGUUUCUGGUCAUUUCUUUAUCUUUCUUCUAAGACCCAUAGUUCCAAAAAACUAGAUAAGAGCUUCUCUAGCAGCACCACUAACAGCAGUAACAAACAAACAACAACAGAAGCUGGAGCAGGAGCAAGAGCAAGAGCUGUAGUCACUGGUUCUGUCGUGAAGCCAAAGGAUAAAUGUUUGGGAUCAUCAUUGUCAAGGAAAGGAGGCAUUGUGGUUGUGGAGGAUGAUGACAGUCCUAAUAGUCAAGCCACUCCCACUGCUGCAUCAUCAUUUGAGCGCAAGGUUUCAAGAUCCAGAUCAGUUGGUUGUGGAAGCAGGAGUUUCUCUGGUGAUUUCUUUGAAAGAAUCUCAACUGGGUUUGGAGAUUGCACUCUCAGAAGAGUGGAAUCACAAAGGGAAGGCAAGACAAAAGUUGCUGCUCCAUCAUCUGCAAUGAAAGAAAGGGUUAAGUGUGGUGGCAUAUUUAGUGGUUUCAUUAUGACCUCCUCCUCAUCAUCCUCAUCCUCCUCCUCAUACUGGGUAUCCUCUUCAGCUGAGGAUCAUGUCAAUGGGAAAUCAACAGCUGGGCCUCUUGUUCAUGGAAGGAGUAAGAGUUGGGGUUGGGCUUUUGCCAGCCCCAUGAGGGCUUUCGGCAAACCUUCUUCUGGUAAGGGAGAUACAAUCAUCAGAGAAUCAAACAACAAGAACACAACUCCCAAUCUGGCAGCAAUUCCUUCCUUGUUAACUGUUAGAAGCUAAAAUGAACUUGUGGGGCUCUUUGACUUCGGUUAAUACACAUUACAUUUGGUUACCUGUUUAUUUUUGUGUCUAUGACCUUUCUUGGACUUUAUUCCAUUAGUAAUGUUACACUCUUUUCUUCCUUUCAUUUUUGGUUUCUAUAUAUCUGCAAAUAAUUCUGUUUUAGAUAGUUGCCUGGUCCUUACCUCUGUUGGGUAAUACCAUUAUCAGAAACUCAGGUGAGUUUUAUCAAAGUGAAACUAGUUCAAGGAAGGAGAAGAUAUAUGUUUGACCAGUAUUAUGAUUAUCUGUUUCACUUUGUGA